AAUAAUAGUAAUGUAUAAGUGUUCAGAUUGUUAAUCGGUGUCUGUCCGUCAUCCCACGUAUACCGGAGCCGUGCCAUCCAUCCCGGAUCCACACAAACACAUAGACACAUACAUAUAUAUAUAUAUAUAAAGGACACACACGUGCGUAUGUCGUCGCCCGAGUGCGACCACCACACGACGAUGCCUACCGUAAACAAUACGGUGAUGUUGGACACGGCCGCCACCACCACCACUACUGCUAGCCCAGUGCCCAGCGUUAUGAGUGACACUGAAGUGUCGCCGCCGUCGACCCCGACUCUACUGUGCAACGGCUGUAAUGGUCAACACCAUUCGCCGACGUCGAUAACAAUGACAACCAUUCGCCAAGCGGUGUCCCAUUUGACCCGUUUGGACGACUUUAAUGCCAUCAAACUGUCCCAAGGCUUCUUCAGCCAAGUGUUUAAAGUGACGCACAGGACUACCAGGAAAGUCAUGGUACUCAAGAUGAACAAACAGGCAGCCAAUCGAGGAAAUGCCUUAAAAGAGAUUGAAUUAUUAAACAAAUUAAAUCACGAAAAUAUCGUACAAUUUAUGGGUACUGUCGUUCAUGAAGGAGGUUUGCACCCAUUGCUUGAGUACAUCAAUGGAGGCACUCUGGAGAAGCUGAUCCGCCAAUACUAUAAGAUUGAUACCUAUUUUGAUGAAAACAAAAAACUGAUAACAAGGACACCGCAGACAAACGGCACAACAAUUGACAACAAUAUAAAUAAUACGAUAAACUAUUACAACAAUAACAAUAAUAAUAAUCACAAUAACAACUAUACCUACUGUCCGCAACUGUAUCGGCUCAACGAUGUUGACCAGACAUUUGUCCGAAUAGCCGAGGAUGUGGCCCGCGGUAUGGACUACUUACACUCGUUGCACUAUCUGCACCGGGAUCUGACCUCUAAAAACGUAUUCAUACGGGUAUCGCCGCCAAUUACCGACGAUACAGACGAGUACGACGCCGAACCCUAUUUGCAAGCAGUUAUCGGUGACUUCGGUUUUGCCACAGUAGACCCCCAUAAGGACCAGAAGCUGCCAACUGUUGGGUCGCCCUAUUGGUUGGCACCCGAGUGUAUUAAAGGCCAAUGGUAUAACCAUAAAUGUGAUAUAUUUUCCUACGGUGUCAUAUGCUGUGAACUUAAUUGGCGGAUACCAUCCGAUCCCGACUACCUGUGCCGGGACGACAGCUUUUUGAUUAACUUUGACAAACUGCCCGACGGUUCUAAAGAGACACUGUUGGCCCGUUUGGCGAGACUAACAACUCAGAAAAACCCGUCAAUUCGUCCCGAAUUUAGCGAAGUUCUGGAGUUUUUCGAGACGGAGCUAAUGUCCGACAAAAGUCCGUUAAAUAACGCCAAUCGUAUGCGAUAUAUAUUGAAACGAGAGAUGAGCUUACCGUCCAGUGAUUCGAGUCUAGAGUCGGUCACACUUAACGGCGCCGGAGAUAUAUUUGAUCAGCAUUUAAUCCGACGGCGGAACUCACAGAUAGAGCGCAAAUAUUUCAACACAAACGGCUGGCAUAGAUAGCCAUUGCCUACAUCUCCUACCUUAUCGGGACAGUUAUGUCAUUACAAUUUGUGUCAAUCAUCCGCUAAUUUCAUCUCAAUUCAUCCCCAAAUAAAUUUAUUACAAAAAAAAACAUAUUUAACAAACUAAAAGACAAUUAAAUUUUAUGUUUUUUUCUCUGUAUAGCCAGUCAUACCAUUUGAUAUAUCAAUAGUUUUUAUCUUAGAAUAUAUCGUAUAUAUUGUAGAUUUUAAUCAAUUUGUUUGUCCGGAUAUUUUUGUUGUUGAUAUA